GUCCAGCAAGGAGAAUCUGAUCUCCUCCUCCCCUACCCCUAUUGCCUGGAGUUUGGAGACUUUUCCCAGGAGACCCUCCCAGGAGGAGGAUGGGCGGCAAAGGCAGCAAAUUGAACUGCUACAAAUCCCCCAACAAGAGGCGCCGAGAGGCAGGGCAGUCACCAAGGCCUGAGCCCAUAGAGCUGGGCCCCCUGCAAGAAGACAAAGACCCAAAUACCCAUCUCUUCCAUGAUGAGCAGCAGCAACUGGACAUGGUCCAUGUUCUCCAGAAGCAUCAAGGAGAGUCUGAAAAGCUGAGACCAGAGCAUCAGACCAGGGAAGUGGAAAUCCAGGUGGUGGAUGAACAGGAAUUAGAGCUUCGUGAAAAACUUGCUGAGCAGCUCCAAGUACUGCAAAGGGAGCAUGAUGAGACCUUGCAAGCGCUUCGGGCCUCACAUGAAAAGGAGAAGGUGGUCCUCAUGGAUUCCUUCGAGGUGGCCAAGGCAGCCCUGCAGGAGACCAUAGAUGGACUAACUUCUCAGAUGGAGGUCUUCCAGGCCAAAAUGAAGAGAGUAGAGGAAUCUAUCCUGAGCAGAGAUUAUAAGAAACAUAUCCAGGACCAUGGGAGCCCCAGCCAAUUUUGGGAGCAGGAGUUGGAGAGUCUGCACUUUGUCAUCGAAAUGAAGAAUGAACGUAUCCAUGAAUUGGACAGGAGGUUAAUGCAAAUGGAAACAGUGAAAGAGAAGAACCUAUCGUUAGAAGAGAAGAUUACACUACUGCAACAAGAGAAUGAGGAUCUUCAGGUUCAAGGACAGAACCAUCAACGGGUAUCAAGGCAGCUUUCAGAGGACCUUUUCCUCGUCCGCGAGGCCCUGGAGAAAGAGUCACAGCUCCGUCAACAGAUCCAGCAAGAGAAAGAGGAGCUGUUAUAUCGGCUUGUCACCAGCGACUCCCCAGCAGCCUUUCCACUGACCUCUACAGAAGUGUCCUACCUUGCCACAUAGACCUGGAAACUCUAGUCGUGGGGAUGUUGAAGGAGGGCAAGUGGAUGGAAGAAAGGGAAUAAUCAAGAUAACCUCCCUUCUCCUGGCCAUCAGCCCCUCUAGCUGCUAUUCUGGGCUGUUCUCUGCCAUUAUGGGCAGCCCAGGGACCUCGCCCAAAGCCAGACUAAACCUUUCCUGGUGGACAAUGGGAGGCAGGAAGAGGAGCCUUUCUUUAGAGGCAGCUUGUGUAGGGGAAAGAACAUGGAGCUGCCUCGUCUGGGUUCCUGUCUGGCUCAGCCCUAGACUCCCUGUGUGACCUGGAGUAAGUGACUGCCCUUCUCUUAGUCUCAAGUUCCUCUUCGAUAAAAUUAAGGGGUUAGAUGAGAGGAUGUCCAAGCACUUUUCUCCUUUACCAUUCUACAAGUUCUUUGCUGCCUAGUUCAGAGUGAAGAGGGGGCAAGAGCUUAUUUUCUGAUCCUAAGAGGUUAAGGGCCACUUCUCUGUUCUUCAGCAUGUUUUAUCUUCUUUCUCCUGCCAAGGGGAAAGAGAGGGCCAAAGGGAACAAGGGUGGUGGGGGGAACUGGCCUCCUGAAUCUCAGAGGCUAACCCAUUGUUUUAGGGCUCAGGUCACUGUUUGUUCUUCCUUCCAUUCCCAUGGGGCAGGAUCUUCAGCCGCUCCUAUCAUUGGCCCAUAUCUUCUUCUUCUUCAUCUUUUUUUUUUUUUUUUGGCGGGGCAAUGAGGGUUAAGUGACUUGCCCCAGGUCACACAGCUAGUAAGUAUCACUCAUCUGAGUCCAGACUUGAACUCAGGUCCCCCUGAUUCCAGGGCUAGUGCUUUAUCCACUGUGCCACUUAGCUGCACCCCCCCCUCCCAGUAUAUGUUGUUACCAAAUACCCCACCCCAGCUUCUCUUUCCCAGCCAUCUAGGGGUGAUACUGAGGCAGUGUGCCACAGUCUAGCUCAUAGAUAAUUUCUGUUUUUCUGGAUACCCAAAAUUGGUGUAGAAUCCACUGGAUUAGGGAAAUCCUCCUGCCAAACCACUCAAUCUUCAAUCAUUCAACUGCCCUUCCUUAAUUUUCCUCAGCUGAAUCUAUACAGCAUGAUUAGGGCUACAGGUGGGAGAGAACAUAAAAUAGACUCAGCCCCUCUCCUGGCCUACCCUCUCCCCCUACUUCUACUUUGCCCCUUCCUGGGUCUCCUACUCUGGCCUGGACUCCUGUUCUUUCUCUACCCUACAGUCUGGGCUCAGUGACUGGGAAAGAUGAAAUUCCAGGCUGUCCCUUGGAGUUUAGCACUUUCAUGGCAGCUGAAGAUUUCCAUUCUUUUCAAAGUUGAGGAAAACUGGGACCUACUCCCCUGGUGCUCCUCUUCUUCUUCCUCUUUUUGACUUGCCUUCCUUUCCAAGUCACUAAGUUUGAGAUCAUCUAGCACUAUCUCAGCUAUUCAUUCACCAUGUGACUGGGCAGAUGGCUUAGAUUCAAAGUCAGAGCUGAACAGGGGGACCUCAAGAGCAGGAAAGGACCUGCCCAAGGUUGAACAGGGAGUGAAUGGCCAAGCAAGGAAAUGGAACUCAGGUCUCCUGCUUCCUAGACCUCUUUCCACAACAUUGGCUCUUUGGAGCUCAUUUUCCCCAUCUCUAAAAGGAGGGCAUUGGACCAGGGCUCUACAGUCCCUUCUAGCUCAAAUUCUAUGAUUUUAUAUAAUCCUUUGACUAGAUGAUCUCUCAGGUCCCUUCCACAUCUAAACUCCUUGGAGUCUAUAAUUCUGCAAUCCACUCCUCUAUGGGCCCACACUGUUACCCAGGCUAUGUCUGGGUCCUAGAGGAACGAUGGGGACACUCAAGCACUUUGCAAGGGGGAAAUCCUUGGAAAGGGACCAUGGUUGUGAGCCAUGGUCCUGGAUGUUGAUCUGAAUUCUGCACUUCCCUUCAGGUAGCACUC